CAAUCAAUAUAUUGAUUCAAAGUGAGAGCAAUUCCACAGUGAACAGUGUGAAUCUUUAUGAAUGCUAUGAUCGAUCGGGAGCAAAAAAUUGAUAAAUCUAUUAUUUGCCAGCUCAUGCACGUCGAUCGACACCUCUCUCUGUUCAUACCAUGACUUGGUGCCGGCAGCUUGUUGCAAUCUCUUCCUAUUUAAAGGACUCGUCCUGCUCCUGAUGAUAAUUAGUUCCUCUGAGAAGUGCUACAUACGGCGAUGGGGACGACAGAGUUAGACGCAUCGACCGACGGCAAGAGCGCGCGUCCUCCGUCGACGAACCUGUUCGGCGUGGAUUUGGCGCUGAGGAUCUUGCUGUUGGCGUUGUCGGUGUCGGCGCUGGCGGUGCUGGUGACCAGCAAGCAGAGCAGGGAUUUCCAGACCGGCCUCCCGCCGCCCUUUGCCGUCAUCUCUAGGGACGCCAAGUUCCAGCAAGUCCCGGCGCUCAUAUAUCUCUUGGUGGCUCUGUGCGUCGCUAUCUUCUACAGCAUCGUCACCAUCUUCGCUUCCUUGUCCGCCAUCUCGAGCUCCUCGCCAUCCGCCAGAAUCCUCUUCCUCCUCAUCCUCUUCGACGCGUUGAUGGUCGGAGUGAUGGCGUCGGCGACGGGGAGCGCCGGGUCAAUGGCGUACCUGGGGAUUCGGGGGAACUCGCACGCCAACUGGGACAAGAUCUGCAACCGCUACACCAAGUUCUGCCGCCACAUCGGCAGCUCCGUCAUCGUCUCCUGUAUUGCCGCUGUCGUCCUCGUCCUCCUCGUCGUCCUCUCCUCUUACUCGCUCUACCGCCGGAGCGCGUAGCGGAAGAUAUAGACAUCGAACUCGGAACGUUGAUUUUCUUUCUCGGUUAAAUUCGACCGUCAGCUGUGUCUAUUAAUUAGUCUUUACGAUGGUUGACUGACUAGUUGUUUGGGGUAUUCUCAUGUGCUGCUCGUUUGCGUUGUUUAAUUGUAUUUGCUGUUAAAGAAAAAGAAAAGAAAAGAAAAGAAAAACAUUUAAUAACGAUAGCAAAUUAUUUUUUAAAAAACUUCUAAUACUAAUUUUGUUUUAUUUUUUGCACUAAAAAUGUAAUCGGCCCGAC